UGACAGAGCUCAACUGGACCGACUUUCACAUUCAGAGGUCUUUAGCAGGCACUUGGCAAGUCAAUCGCCUUGUUUUAUCACUGUUGUACACGGUUUAGGCAUAAGGCCAAGAUUGUACUCCGCAAAUGGACGCUCCAUCAACACCCGCAACCGCCGACUUCUCCUCGACGCCCCCGAAACGCACCAAGAUCGUCCUUCUUGGCGACCAGAGUGUCGGGAAGACCAGUCUCAUCACCAGAUUCAUGUACGAUACGUUUGACAACACCUACCAGGCCACCAUCGGUAUUGACUUCCUGAGCAAGACUAUGUACCUGGAGGACCGGACGGUGCGGUUACAAUUGUGGGACACUGCCGGACAGGAGCGCUUCCGUUCAUUAAUACCAUCGUACAUCCGAGAUUCGUCCGUAGCUAUAGUUGUGUAUGAUAUCACUAAUCGACAAUCCUUCCUUUCAACGUCAAAAUGGAUAGACGACGUUCGGUCAGAACGGGGGAACGAUGUCAUUAUUGUACUCGUCGGUAACAAGGCCGAUCUGUCGGAGAAACGCCAAGUCACUGUAGAAGAGGCAACUGCAAAAUCGACACAAAUGAACAUCAUGUUCAUGGAAACGUCAGCAAAAGCUGGACAUAAUGUAAAGAGCUUGUUCAAGAAGAUUGCUCUAUCAUUACCUGGGAUGGAGAAAGAAGGCCAAGCAGAUGCUCAGAAUACAAAAAUCGAUGUUACGACACAGCAGGCUGCCGCCGUACCAGAGGCAUCACAGUGCAAUUGCUGAUUCAGUGUUUUCCAUGUAAUGAUACGUACUACCCCCUCGUGAUACCUGUUUUACUUGCCCGUGUUGCAACGAGUAUGUUCUACUGCCGCUCUUCGUCCAUUACAGAUCAUUUGUGACACAAUGCAACGAACUCUCUUUUCUCACCGUUAACCCCCCUCAACCACGAUUCAUCGUGUUUCCCGCUCCGCGCGGAUUUGCAUCC